AUGCCCACAAAUUUCGACGGGCCGCAGAAUAUCACAGUGACAUUUCUGAACCCGACAUCUGUCCGUGUGUCGUGGGCAUCUCUGAGCAAUUCGCCCAGGAAGUAUGAAGUUAUGUACAAACCAACGGGCGCCAGUUACAGAGUGGUGGCGUCGAUCAACAGCAGUUCGGACGCCAUUACGCUCGUGGAUUUGCACCCGGACACCCAGUACUCGCUGACGGUGACCGCGGUCUGGCUCAACAAGAAAAUCAAGAGUCGAGCUAUUGUCUUCCGAACACUAGAACCUCCACGCACAUCGCCGCAGCAGGACUCGGGCGCUCUGAGCGCUUUCGGCCCUAUGAGUGGCGUGGGCUUAGCACCCGCAGGCGUCCCGGCUUCGGCGCCCGCUCGGCCGUCAUCCGUACGCCCCACUACCCUGACCGAGCCAGAAAAGGAAUUCCCGCAGAUACGAGGCGUUGAAGUAGGCAUCGUAGUCCUAGUCCUUUUGGUAUGGGUCGGCGCAAUCGCACUCUUCUUCAAUCGUUGGGGCAAGAUCCGAAUGCUGCUGCCGUAUCAGCCGGACUACAAGCAGGAACAACUCAAGGUACCUGGUACCGGGGUCUGCACGGGCGGUUCCGUCGGCGGCCCGUGCACCGGUAACGGACCAUGCACGGGUUGUCUUCAUCUUCGCUGGCUCCACGCCCACUGUUGCCCAAGUGAGUUGGACGAUGGAGUUUCCAGUCUAAACCGUCCACGAUCACGAAUCAAUUCAGCGAUAUUUAUAUCAUCUGAGGGACCAGGUUUUGAGACCAUCGAAUUCAUGAGAAGACACGGAUCACAAUCGCGGUUGUGCCGAAAGGCGCGAUCGGCGGACAACAUACAAACGCUUCUUCCUACUUUAAGCGUUUCAGGACCAUCGCCACCUGAAGAACGGCCUAGUGAAGAUAAGGAAGAUGAUCCUUUGGUUAUUACCAUCAUCGAUCAACAAUAGAAUGGAUGACCAAUAUAGCACAACU